CCUCGCUUUGAAAAUCAUAAUGGCUCCAGAGAGAGCAUCGCGGGCGAAGUCCUCUCUCUAUCCGAUUGGUGAAAACCUAGAAAUCAUGAUGCAAGAAUCGAAGAAUAUUCAAUUUUCUGUAAUAUUCUUAAUUUUGGCUCUGCUCGAGUUUUGUGCUGCCUGGAAGGUGAGAAGAUCACCUCCAAAUCUGGCCCGAAUGGCUUCCAGAUCUCUCUAUCCAGACACGACAGAGUUGAAAUCUCAUUUUCGUCUAGAUCUGUGUUUUUUCCCGGGUAUUCCUCACCUUUGUUGCAUUUCAAUGUGUGGUGAUGUUGUUUGGGGAGUAUUUCUAUAUGUUCAAAUUUGUGGGUCUAGUUAAAUGAGUAUAUUUUUGGCUAAUAGCCGAUGCGAUUAUCGAUAUCGCUGUUUAUGUGACUGGGUUCGAUUGCUUUCAUCUGUAGCGAGGAAAGAGAUGAAUACAGAAUCUGGAAUGUCUAGGUGUCACUGGCGAAAUGUGUAGCAAACGUUUCUGCUUCUCAUUCCGAGCGACGAUGGAUGAAGCCUUUGCCAAAUCUUAUCUUUGUGAUAUAGAGAUCGAGUCGGUUUGAUCCGGUUUAUUACCCGACGAAUUGAGUCUCGAUAUCACAAAGCAUUUUACCUUGAUGCGACGGUAACUCUUUUGGCGUGGUAAAAUCUCUCACCAGACGCCCGACGUGGAAGUCUUAGAAACCCGAAUUCGGACAGAAUCUAAGGAUAAGGUUGUGGUGAGGCAAAUACCCAUUACGUGGACUAGCUCAUGAUUCAUAACUAUGCCCUUUACUGUUUAGUGCUGAGCGGACAAACAAGCUUAGAAAUUCCGGAGAAAGAUGGCGGCAGAGCUUACAAGCGGAAGAAUCGGAGGAGGGGAAGGACUGGCAUGGCGGAGAUUUUCUAGAGAGUUGGGGAAGAGAAGACCACCUCGGCUUCUGCAUUUCACAGCUCGAGCUUCUGGUUCCAUGGAUGACAAGAACACCGUCUACAAGCAACUGGGAAUGUUUUCACUGAAGAGGAAGAUUGAAGAUGCUGUUCUCAGAGCUGAGAUGUUGGCCCCAACUGCUCUUGAGCUCGAGGAAGAGCGAUGGGUAAAACAAGAAGAGAUGAUGCGUGACUAUGACUUAUGGGAUGAUCCGGCCAAAUCCAACGAGAUCCUUCUGAAGUUGGCCGACAGUGAAAGAGCAGUUGAUGCCCUCAAAGACCUGAAAUACAAGGCUGAAGAAGCAAAACUAAUCACGCAGCUGGCAGAGAUGGAUGCUAUCGAUUACGGUCUCUUUGAGCAAGCAUAUGACUCUUCUCUGGAUGUGGGCACGUCCUUGCAUCACUAUGAGAUGUCUAAGCUUCUUAGAGACCGAUAUGACAGCGAAGGUGCAUGCAUGAUUAUCAAAGCUGGGUCUGAAGAUGCAAAUUCUCAGAUAUGGGCAGAGCGACUUGUCAGGAUGUACACCAAAUGGGCUGAAAAGCUAGGCCGAAAAGCAAGGGUUUUCGAUGACAAUUUCCACUUCUCGAGCAAAGGUGUCAAUUCAGCUUCCAUAGAAUUCGAAUUCGAGUAUGCCUACGGUUAUCUCUUGGGCGAACGAGGCAUUCACCGCCUUAUCAAAAGAUCUCGUAUUGAUUCCAUGUCUGAUGAGGUAUGUUCAGCUUCGGUGGACGUGGUUCCUUUAUUCCUCAGAACGGAUCCGGAUUUGCGAGUAAACGACGGGGAUAUUGUUGUAUCAUAUUCCUCAAAGGAGAAUCUUCAGAGAAGACAUGGACAGAUGACGGUUCGGAUUCAGCAUCUUCCAACUGGAAUAGCCGUCGAGUCUUCAGGUGAAAGAAGCUGGUUUGCGAAUAAGAUGAAAGCCCUUAACCGGCUAAAGGCCAAGCUCCUUGUGAUAGCCAAGGAGCAUUAUUUAUCAGAUUCAGACAUGGAGGCCAAGAAUGCAAGGAGAUAUGUCUGUAAGCCUCACAAGAUGGUUUUGGAUAUGAAAACGGGUAUGGAGAUUCCCGACCUGAACUCUGUCUUGGACGGGAAUAUCCGACCUCUCGUCGCUGCUCAUAUCGCUCUCAGACGAUCGGGCGAUGCAUUUUAGUCGCUGCGAGUAGGGUGUGUGUGUGCAGGUACUCGAGCUUUUUGGUACCGGACCUCCGUCUCGUUCUCGUGGAUUUUCUUUUUGAGGGUAUUGUCUCGGUCUCGGUCUCAUGAGACACGGUACUCGCAAGUCGCAACCCGGUUAUCCGCAGUUAAAAUCAGGUACACGGACACAAAAGUUUCUGAAAUUUCAUUGAUUUUUUUUUUUGUAAUGAAAUUUCAUUGAUUUUGGUUGAUUUUACAGGUAUUCUGAUAAUUUUAUAGGUAUUUACACGAAA